CCCAGACUCCGGCCGCAGCAGCCGGCAACUUUGCCCCCGCCAAGUCCUCUGUCGGCCUGACCCCGCGGAGAGGUGCCGGGCCCGCCGCCGCGCGCCCCUCUCUCCGGGGCCCGGAGCCCCACGCGCCAUUGCCGGCCCACCUCGCACCCCGCUCCUGCGGCCCCCGGCCGCCAGGAUGCGCUACGCAGACCCCUCAGCUAACCGGGAUCUGUUGGGGAACCGAACUUUGCUCUUUAUCUUCAUUUGCGCCUUCGCUCUGGUGACCUUGCUGCAGCAGAUCCUAUACGGCAGGAACUACAUCAAGAGGUAUUUUGAGUUUUACGAGGGGCCUUUUGAGUAUAAUUCCACAAGAUGCCUGGAGCUGAGGCACGAGAUCCUGGAGGUGAAGGUGCUGUCCAUGGUGAAGCAGUCGGAGCUAUUCGACAGGUGGAAGAGUUUGCAGAUGUGCAAGUGGGCCAUGAACAUCUCAGAAGCCAACCAGUUCAAGUCCACGCUGUCCAGGUGCUGCAAUGCCCCCGCCUUCCUCUUCACCACCCAGAAGAACACUCCCCUGGGGACGAAGCUCAAGUACGAGGUGGACACCAGCGGCAUCUACCACAUCAACCAGGAGAUCUUCCGGAUGUUUCCCAAGGACAUGCCUUACUACCGAUCCCAAUUUAAGAAGUGUGCAGUGGUGGGCAAUGGAGGCAUCCUGAAGAACAGCCGCUGCGGCAGGGAGAUCAACAGUGCGGACUUUGUCUUCCGGUGCAACCUGCCCCCUAUCUCAGAGAAGUACACCAUGGAUGUGGGGGUGAAGACAGAUGUGGUGACCGUGAACCCUAGCAUCAUCACAGAGAGGUUCCACAAGCUGGAGAAGUGGCGGCGGCCCUUCUACCGCGUGCUGCAGGUAUACGAGAACGCGUCGGUGCUUCUGCCCGCCUUCUACAACACACGCAACACCGACGUGUCCAUCCGCGUCAAGUACGUGCUGGAUGACUUCGAGUCGCCACAGGCCGUCUACUACUUCCAUCCACAGUACCUGCUCAACGUGUCGCGCUACUGGCUCAGCCUGGGCGUGCGUGCUAAGCGCAUCAGCACGGGCCUCAUCCUGGCCACCGCGGCGCUAGAGCUCUGUGAGGAGGUGCACCUGUUCGGCUUCUGGGCCUUCCCCAUGAACCCCUCAGGCCUGUACAUCACCCACCACUACUACGACAACGUCAAGCCCCGGCCUGGCUUCCAUGCCAUGCCCUCUGAGAUCUUCAACUUCUUGCACCUGCACAGUCGCGGCAUCCUCCGUGUGCAUACGGGCACCUGCAGCUGCUGCUGA